GUCACUCCCUUCUCGUGGAAGACUCGGCUGAUGUCCCAGUGGACCGAGUGUUUCUCAAGUUGAGGCAGGGAGGGCAAACUUUUAAAAUGGCCCCUGGAGCCAGUGUGUGGGACCAGAGACAUCUGUUUCCCAUCUGGACGGCUGAGGAUCCCAGUGCGGAUCUGGGGCAGGGAGAUUAUUUGGAGGGGGAAGGACGGAGGCUGAACUGAACUCUCAGCUGGGAGAGGAGUGGGGCAGUCACAUCCCACCUUCCCCAAGCCGGGCUGUUCUGCACAGCCUGCUUGGGACGCUGGUGGGAGUCACUGUGGCCUUCGGCACUGCCCUGGCAGUGGGGGCAGCGAGGCCAUUUGGGAGGGGCUCACCUUCCCCAGGCCCGGCCCUGGGACCUCAGCCGUUGCUUAGUGGUGGCCUGCUUCAGCCCAGGCAUGUGGGAGAGGCACCAGACACAGGAUGUCCCUCUGCCGGCCCCUGAAGCCCCAUCCCCUGACGAGCUGGCUGGAGGCGUGAUCCUGGGUGUGGCCCUGUGGCUCCGCCAUGACCCGCAGACCACCAACCUCCUGUAUCUGGAGCUGGGAGACAAGCCCGCGCCCAACACCUUCUAUGUAGGCAUCUACAUCCUCAUCGCUGUGGGCGCUGUCAUGAUGUUCGUCGGCUUCCUGGGCUGCUACGGGGCCAUCCAGGAAUCCCAGUGCCUGCUGGGGACGUUCUUCACCUGCCUGGUCAUCCUGUUUGCCUGUGAGGUGGCCGCCGGCAUCUGGGGCUUUGUCAACAAGGACCAGAUCGCCAAGGACGUGAAGCAGUUCUAUGACCAGGCCCUACAGCAGGCCGUGGUGGAUGAUGACGCCAACAACGCCAAGGCCGUGGUGAAGACCUUCCACGAGACGCUUGACUGCUGCGGCUCCAGCACACUGACUGCUUUGACCACCUCAGUGCUCAAGAACAAUUUGUGUCCCUCGGGCAGCAACAUCAUCAGCAACCUCUUCAAGGAGGACUGCCACCAGAAGAUCGAUGACCUCUUCUCCGGGAAGCUGUACCUCAUCGGCAUUGCUGCCAUCGUGGUCGCCGUGAUCAUGAUCUUCGAGAUGAUCCUGAGCAUGGUGCUGUGCUGUGGCAUCCGGAACAGCUCCGUGUACUGAGGCCCCGCAGCUCUGGCCACAGGGACCUCUGCAGUGCCCCCUAAGUGACCCGGACACUUCCGAGGGGGCCAUCACCGCCUGUGUAUAUAACGUUUCCGGUAUUACUCUGCUACAUGUAGCCUUUUUACUUUCGGGGUUUUGUUUUUGUUCUGAACUUUCCUGUUACCUUUUCAGGGCUGACGUCACAUGUAGGUGGCGUGUGUGAGUGGAGACGGGCCUGGGUCUUGGGGACUGGAGGGCGGGAGUCCUUCUGCCCCUGGGGUCCCAGGGUGCUCUGCCUGCUCAGCCAGGCCUCUCCUGGGAGCCACUCGCCCAGAGACUCAGCUUGGCCAACCUGGGGGGCUGUGUCCACCCAGCCCGCCCGUCCCGUGGGCUGCACAGCUCACCUUGUUCCCUCCUGCCCCGGUUCGAGAGCCGAGUCUGUGGGCACUCUCUGCCUUCAUGCACCUGUCCUUUCUAACACGUCACCUUCAACUGUAAUCACAACAUCCUGACUCCGUCAUUUAAUAAAGAAGGAACAUCAGGCAUGCUA